AAUUCGAUGUAACUCUUAUAAUUAAGAUCACGAAUGUGAUCAACAGGCAUAGUACAAGCGAAAAAAUAAAUCUAAAUAUAUUACUUCUCAGUUUUGUUAAAAUACUUUUGAUGUAAUUAUUCGAUAAGGCCUUGUAUCAGACCAUCACUGCAAUUGAAAAAAAAAGUAAACAAUUUAUAUAAGAGAGGUUAAAACUGAACCCAAUAAAAAUGUGGGAUAAUAUAAUAGAUUAUUUGAAGGAUCCUCUAUUAGUAGUUAAAGUACAGAACUUUUUUGGUGUCAUCUAUAAAAAGAACAAUUCAAGUGAAGAAACAAGUAUCAUACAUUCAGAUAGGCAUAAUACUGAAAAUGAUAGUGCAAGGCAGCAUAAGAGAAUCCCCAGUGAUAUAUCGGGGACAUCACAGUCUUCUUGCGAGACGGAUACAUCAUCAGAAUAUCAAGAGGAGGUGGAAUGCUUGAUUAAUAACAAAUUCUGGUACUACUUAUUUGUAUUAGGAACUGCACUGGGUGAUGAAAUAUUUUAUGCAACAUUUAUACCAUUUUGGUUUUGGAAUAUUGAUGGUGCUGUUGGAAGAAGAGUUGUGUUAGUGUGGACUAUAGUUAUGUAUAUAGGUCAAGGCUUCAAAGAUAUAAUAAGAUGGCCUCGGCCUGGCUAUCCAGUUAAGAAGUUGCAGGAUAAGUGGGCUAUAGAGUAUGGUAUGCCCUCAACCCACGCUAUGGUCGGCGUUUCCAUACCAUUUUCAGUCUUAUUUUAUACCAUGAAUAGGUACCAGUAUCCUGUGCACUGGGGAAUCAUAAUAGCAGUGUCGUGGUGUACAUUGAUAUGUGUUAGCAGAGUUUAUCUCGGGAUGCAUAGCAUUCUGGAUAUAGCAGCAGGUCUGUUGUUGUCAUCAGCAUUGUUGGUAGUCUUGAUUCCUGUAGUGGACCAACUGGAUGGGUUUUUGCUCACUUCUCAAUGGUCACCUCUACUAGUCAUCACCAUCUCUAUUCUUGUUAUUGUAUAUCAUCCUCAAUCUGAUAAGUGGACGCCCACAAGGGGCGACACGACGAUGAUAGUGAGCGUGUGCGCCGGCAUCCUGACGGGCUCGUGGACCAACUACCAGCUGGGCAACAUGUCGGCCAGCCCGCUGGCGCCGCCCUACGCGGUGGAGUGGCCGAGCGUGGAGAUGUGGGGCUGCACGCUGCUGCGCACCACGCUGGGCUUCUGCGGCGUGCUGGCCACGCGCGCGCUGGCCAAGUCCGUGUCGUUCGCGCUGGCGUGCGCGCUGCUCGGCGCCGACCGCCGCGCCGUGCGCGCCGCCGCGCCCAGCCUCCACGACACCAACACCAUCAUCGUCGAGCACUCCUACAAGUACAUCACGUACGGCCUCAUCGGCUUCAACACCACCUACGUGCUGCCGACCGUCUUCGAUCUGCUCUUCAUAAACAGGCCGACCUACUACACGGAGAUUUAGUCGCGUCCGAGCCUCGUCGUGGGAGAGUGUAUUUAUUAAACGAUUCGAAAUGAUUAUUUUGUAGUUUGUAACGAGAGUUGAACUUACAGGAUUUGUUGAAUUUAAAUAUUUACACCUCCUUCGAUAUAAUUUUACUAGAUCAUUCCAAAUAGAUAGAUAGAUAGUUGUUAAUUAUAUAAA